AUGUGGCGUGUUCUGCUGAGCUGCACUUAGGAGUGAGGACACAAGCUAUUCCUUGUAAGCAUAAGUUAACACUUAGCCGCACCACUAAAGUAAGAAUAUACACAACGGAGAUAAGAAACAUUAGCCAGACACGUGUUUAACAAGGACAAACACUGAGAGUAAUAUCCUGCCAUCCUGAAUCAAGGGCAUUCAAAGAGAGGGCGACGCACCGAACAAGUUGUGACGUCAGAAAGUUGCCAGGAAUGACGUCAAUGGCAGAGGAGACAAGCUCAUUGGGUCAGUGGAAAGAGAGAAAGAUAGACGUGCGGAACUGAGCGUUGGCAGGAAGGUGUCAAAAGGAACAAACUGAACUUCGCAGCAAAAACCAGACACACACCUUCCCUAUGUAGUGCUAUGACAUUAACGACAAGAGACAUCAGAGAAGAGAGUUAGGCCUACAUCAGAUCAUCGCUGUGACUCCUCCAGAACAAGGAUGCAGGGCAAUAUGAGGGGCGUAGUGCUGGGGAUGGCCAGGGUUGUCGGCGAGCGGCUGGCAUGCCCAAAGCUAUCUCAACCCGCAGCUGCAGCCUUGACUGUUUCCUUGCCAGGUCAUUCUGUGCCUAUACGCUAUCUAACAGAGAGUGCCGGGAUAUCCUGGGAAGAUGCCAAGCCCUUUGAGGAGAUUCCCGGACCUUCGUGUCUCCCGCUAAUAGGUUGCAUGCAUCAUUAUCUACCUUACAUAGGCCAAUACUCUCCCAAGCGGCUUCACCACAAUGGGCGCCUCAAGUUGCAGCAGUUUGGUCCUAUUGUGCGGGAGAAUCUUCCAGGCAACACAAACCUGGUGUACCUUUUUGACCCGGAGGAUAUCGAGGCCAUGUACGCCAAGGAGGGACGCUACCCCUCCCGUCGCUCCCACCUUGCCCUGCAGAAGUACCGCCUGGACAGACCGCACAUGUUCAGCACCGGGGGAAUCCUACCUACGAAUGGCAAACACUGGUGGGAACUGCGGCGCCGGGCUCAAAAGUCCAUGAAUAAGGUGUCUGCCGUUACCAGCCGUCUCCCGCAAGUUGAUGAGAUAUGCAGGGAGUUUGCAGAAUUGGUAUGCAAGGUGAGGCGUGAAGGGUCAGGUCGUGUGGGUCACUUUAUGGAUCUGCAGAAGCGUCUCUUCCUCGAGUUGACCAUUGCGAGUCUGCUUGAGGUGCGCCUCGGCAAACUGGGUGAGCACAGUGACGAAGCUGAGCUGCUCACACAUGCUGUUGACGAAACCAACUGUCUUGUUCUCCCCACUGACAAUGGCUUGCAGCUGUGGAGGUAUAUAAGGACACCCAUGUACCGUAGGCUUGUGGCAGCCCAGGACACCAUGUACAGAAUUGCUCUUAAAUAUGUGGAAACAAAAGAUGAUGAGUUGAGACAUGCUCGGCAGAAGAGGAAGGCUGAAGGAGAAUCAGAACUAGACACGAAACACGUCACCAGUAUUCUGGAGUCAUUCUUUGAGAGUGGCCUGGAGGACAAAGACAUCGUGGGCCUUGUCAAUGACACACUCAUGGGAGGCAUUGAUACGGGUGCCUACACAAUGGCCUAUGUGCUGUACAGUCUGGCUAACAAUCAAGACAAGCAGGACUUACUGGCACUGGAGGCCAGGCGACUGUUGGUUGGGUCUGAUGGCAAGGUGACCACCAAAGUGUUAAGUGAGGCACGCUACCUGAAGGCAGUGAUGAAGGAGACUUAUCGUUUGCACCCAAUUUCCGUCGGGGUGGGGAGGGUGAUCCAGGAAGACACAGUCAUUCGGGGCUUCAGGAUACCUAAGGAUACAGUGGUGGUGACACAAAACCAGGUCAUCAGCCGCUUGCCGGAGCACUUCCAUGAUCCUCAGCGCUUUCUGCCUGAACGCUGGCUGCAUAAGGCUCCUCCAGCCCAUCCCUUUGUUGUUGUUCCCUUUGGUCACGGGCCACGGUCAUGCAUUGGCCGAAGGAUGGCAGAACAGAACCUUCAAACCAUAAUGUUACAGCUCAUCUCCCGGUACCGUGUGGGGUGGGUGGGAGGUGAACUGGACUGUCUCUCCAACCUAAUCAAUGAACCAGAUGCUCCACUGGACUUCACCUUCACUGACAGGGAGUGAGUGUGCGUGUGAAUGCACCAGCUAGGCACCAUCACUGUGCCAGGCAGACAUGUUACUCUUAGACAAGUUUACUGCUGUGAUUUUUCUUUUUACUGGUAUGUAUUUCAAGCAAUUUACUAGUUUCUUAUCUGUAAUCAAUAUUUUGAUUAUUAUUACUGAUAAAACAUAUUAAGCUAUAGGUUGUGGGUUUGUUAGUUUUUAUCACAAUUGAAGCAUUCUUUUAUGCUUCAUCUAUUGUCAUAAGCAUUUUCCUGUAAUUAACCUAUAGAAUUUAUUGUAAAACGAUACCUGUUCAGAUAAACAAGAUAUUGUGAUUUAACUGUCUUCCGAUGACAUCAUCCCACCUUUAGUCAUGGAGGGACUCUUGCAUCAGAAGGAUGGAGAUCUCAUAGAUCGUUGAUAAGGAUUGCUGCACUGCUUACUGAAAAGUAGUUUUAUUUGACAUGGUUGUGUUCUUCCUUUAAACUCCCUCAAAGUAACAGUGACAGAAGUGUCUUAAUAUGUUUAUGUUCAUGUUCAUAUACUGCUCUAUUCUUGCAUACUCUAUUCCAUUCAGCCUCCCACCUCCCCUCACUUGCAAGCAUUCCUCACAUUUCAGUGAGUUUUCUAUAACCCACAAUAUCCACUACAACCAUCUUGUCAGUUUUGUCUGAGAAGAUGCACUGAUGGUGUGAAUGAUAUGAAGUUGGACUAGGAUAAAAUGAUUUCAGAAAGGGAGUUCCUAAUGUCUAGGUGCUUGCCUUCUCACUACACUACUGCAUAAGAAAACUUGUGGCAAUCUUAGAAUCUUGCAUCUUGGCUUUACCUCAUUGCUUUUUAAUACUGCUGUUGAGGAAAAUCUGUUUAAAAAAUGGUAAAAAUGCACAAGUAUGCAACUGUAUGUGUAUCAAUUUACUGAUUUUUCUUUUCUUGUUUGUGAAGAUGUUGACUCAGUCUAUGCAAAGUUGAUGUGUGCUGUGAGUUGUGCUUAUCCUGUGUACAGCAACACAUGUGUGUCACGUCUGUUGGUGGCCGUGCUCGUCCUGGGAUGGCACUAGCUGAGGUGAAUAUUUAGUUAACAAUUGAAAUGUUCUUAUUGAUAACUUGGGAUCUUGAUGAUUGUUGCACUUUUAAAAUACACCACUACACUGUUCAUAA